CACGUGCAUUUCUAUUCUAUUGUGCGCAGUCAGUGGCCACUGUAAGGCCGCAGGUGCGGCGGGGCCAUUAUGCUCGCCUUCCAAAUUCCCGACACUAACCUCGAAGGGGCUUAGGGAAAGAUAUAACUAUCCUUAGGUUCGUGCUUUCGCCAUGACAGAGCCGAAAAGGACGAGGUUGAGGUACGAGACGGAGUCAACGUUCGUCCUCAAGCCCCAGAAAAGGCCAGAUGGAGGGUACUCGUUGGUGGCGUCACCGGUUCCUGCGCCGGUUUCCUCCACCAUGGACACAGUAACAUCCAUACCGCAACCGGCAGAGAUGUACCGUCGACCCCCGCCUCCCGAAUCAGGCCAAUCAAAAUCGAGAACCAUCCAGCAGCACAUGAGUGGGCCGAACGUCGUCCAUGGCAGCAGCUCGAGCAGCCAGAUCAAUAUAAACAUUAACACCGAUGACGACGAAGAUGACGGACCUCCUCGCUCUCGCUCGAGGAAAGGACGUGGCCAAUCCAAGUCCAGGAGUCGAUCCAGAGGUCGUAGGAGGGAUGACGAUGGCGAUGAAGGACCGUCUCGGCGCAGUCGCUCGAGGUCUCGUAAUCGCAGAGAGGACGACGAUGACGACAGGCCCCGAAGAGGACGGUCCCGAAGGAGGGAUGACGACGACGACGGCUACGAUGAAGACUACGAUGACGACGACUUUAGGCCUAGAAGGUCGCGACCACCGAGUUAUGACGACGCCUGCGACCGGAGGAGCAGCAGGAUAAGCAUCUGCGCCAGUAUCACCGAUAAUACCGAGGGCGGCGGCCCCGACGACUUAUUUAUGCUCAAGAAGUCUGGUAUUCUGCGAAGGAAGCCGAAGACACCGAAGAAAAAGAAGAAGAAGAAGAGAAGGAGAUCGGUCCCACCAACGCCGCCGCCGCCGCCUCCGCCGCCGCCACCACCCGAACCUAUAAUAAUCAAUCCUCCGCCUCCACCAGAGCCGCCGCCGCAGCCGCCGCCGGCUCCGACAGGGUUCUGCGGUUUCAUCGGCAGUCUGUUCGGAAUCAAGCCAGAGCCGCCGCCGCCGCCUCCCAGGGUGCCUUCCAUGCCACAAAUUAUAAUAGUGCCGCCGGCACCGCCUCCGCCUCCCACGCCUCCACCUCCGCCUUCCUACAUCGAGUCCUCUUCGUCUUCUUCCGAAGAAGAAGCAGAGCAGCAGCAGUUGGAGCAACAGUUCGAACUGCGACGCCUCGACCGGAAGCAGCUGGACCAGUUCUGCCGCCAGCUUGACCUGCGCUCGCUCGUCAAGAUGGAGAUGGACAGGCACGAAGCUGAGAGAGAGAGGAUUGAGAGGAAGCUGGAGCGGAAGUUGAGGAAGAAGCGGCAGGAGGAUGAGGAAGCCGAGGAUUUGGAAAGAAUGCUGGAGAAGAGGAAGGCCAGGGAGAAGGAGAAAGAGAAGGAGAAAGAAAAGGAGAAGGAGAAAGAGAAGGAAAAAGAAAAGGAGAAAGAGAAAGAGAAGAAAGAGGAACCUAAGCCCGAAGAAAAGAAAGAGCCUCCAAAGCCUCCAGAGGCGGCAGCUGCUCCCCCUGCAGCUCCUGCAGCUCCUGCUCCGGAUGCUGCAGCAGCUGCUCCACCGGCUGACGCCGCGGCUGCUCCACCAGCUGACGCCGCGGCGGCUCCACCCGCUGACGCCGCGGCGGCUCCACCCGCUGACGCCGCGGCUGCUCCACCCGCUGACGCUGCGGCUGCUCCACCGGCUGACGCUGCGGCGGCUCCACCCGCGGACGCUGCGGCCGCACCGCCUGCUGACGGUGCUCCACCGGCUGAUGCUGCAGCAGCGCCACCGGCUGAUGCUGCAGCUGCGCCACCUGCUGAUGCGCCACCAGCACCAGCCUAAUUGCAACACUCUUGAGCCGAGCACAGAAGUGUGGAAAUGCAAUACAGUAAAGUGGGGGCAGAUAUGAUAUCGGUGGUUCGGUAAAAUUUGCCAUGUUUCGUAGAAUAAAUUUCAAAUGUAACCUUC